AUGCAUUCCGAUACUAAUAGCACAGCCAUCAAGUCUAAUGAUGUCGUUCUCGACAUUGAAAGGCUAGAAAACAUUCCUGAAGUUGGGAACAGUUCACCUCCCACACUGCCACCGCCGCCACCACCGGCAGCCCUGCCUCCAGCAUAUCUCCCGACACCAUCGACAAGCGACUUUGUUCUGAUCGAAGUCAAAGAAGAUGCCGCCUCAAAAUGGCAGUACACCGAAACUCCAAUCGCAAAUAACAGGGUAAUACCACAUUUCAUGCAAAGCCUAGGAGACCUUGAUGCCGACACACGUAAAUCACCCCCAUCCCUAACUCUCAUAGCUUUUGACGCAGGAGACAAGACUGCAAUUCCCGCCGACACAGGUUACAUUAUCAACAACAUUUUGGAAACCCUUGAUCUUACUUUUUUUCCCGUCCCACCAGGCCUGGUUACCUUUCAUAGUAUACCAGCACGCCUCCGCAAGACAUAUAACUACGAUGGCACCACCGAUGGUAUAGUUCGCAAGAACAAGUUUAUGACACAACGUUGCGCCUGUCUCAUCUUCGAAAUCGCGUGGGCUUACUCCCCUCGUUCAGGGGCGGUUUGCGCCUUUAUGUGGAUAGGCAGUCCAAGCACAUCGCCGCCAAACUACGCUGUGUGGGCAAGGCGCCUGCUCGAUGAUCUUCAGUCUCAUCGUCAAUAUGCCUCUCAUCCUAUGCUUCUGGGUUUGCUAGCGCACUGGCAAGGCUUUCUGGCAAUUCGUGAUAUGUUUGGCCCUACUCUUCUCGAUAUCGAAGCCGUUAUGCAGGCCACUGGCUUCUGGUACAAUGUGGACUGGAACACUGCCAAGCCGGUCAUCACUGAGCAGGAACUCGGCGACUACUCAGCAAGGACAACCGGUAUGGCUAUCAACAUUGGUACGAUUUGUGACGACCUCUCAGGUCUGCGUGAGCUGGCGGAGUUCACGAUCGCAGAGUGUAAUCGGAUAGAAUUGGAUUGCGACGCCAAAGAGGAUGGGGCAUCUCCUACUAGAGAGCAGUUACAGUUGGCUGAGGCCAGCCGUUACAUUAGGGACCACGCGACUAGCCGUGCGCGACUCACUGGCCAACUUUUCACUCAGGCCAAAAGUUGGGAGCACAAGUCAGUCUUGGUGGUUCAGGGGCUCUUCAGCCUUAUCACUCAACGUGAUCAGAAUCAGAAUCUGCGCAUCGGACGAGACACACAUAUCUUGGCAAGAGAGUCCAAGCGAGACAGUACAGCCAUGAAGGCCAUUGCGAUUGUCACGAUGUUCUUCCUACCAGGCACGUUUCUGAGCUCAUUGUUUUCCAUCGACUUCUUCAAGUGGGACGCAUCGCACGGCAACGAAGUUGUCAAUCGGAGAAUAUGGGUCUACUGGGCGUUCACGAUACCUGUGACGAUACUGGUCGUGGCCUUGUAUCUUAUAUGGGAGAAGUUCGCCAUGAAUCUGUACACCAACAGACUGCAGAAAGAGAAGGAGGAAGAAGACGGCCAAACGGUGCCCGCCAUAGAAGCUGAUGUCAAAAAUGCAAAGGGGCCGCAGCCGGCUUACCACCCACCACCCUCGAUAUACACUACGUCAAGUCAGCUUUCAGUGAGGGAUAUUCCCCCCUCGAUAAUCAGCAGGAUCAAUCCCGCUCCUUCAGCCCGCUUGGAUCACACAGAGAACUUCGGUCCUGGCGCUCCCAGUCGGAGGUCCACGUGGCAGUCGAACUCUUGA